AUGGUUGAUGAAAGCAAGUUCGAUGUCAAUCUCAAGCUUUGGGCUCUUAGAAUUCCCUGUGAGCUCUGUAAAAGUGCUACUCGUAUACUCAAUGGAUACAUGCUUAACAUGCCAAGAAUUAAGCCCAUCACUGAAGAUCCUGCCUGUGAAAAGACUCGUUUGGUGAUAUUGUCCGAAGCUGUUAAAAGCGUUGAUUUGUCGGAGAUACCCGAAGAAAAACUAAACCAGCUGAAGAAACUUAGUGAAGUUGAAGUAGUUCCUCAUUCAGUUACUCUUGGGUAUUCUUAUUGGAGUGCAGAUCACAUACUGAAGCAGAUUCUGCCAGAUGGAGUGGAUAUACCUUCCUCUUUUGAAACAAUACUCCUUCCAUUCAAAGAUGUCAUAGCAAAAGUUAUCUACGAUAAAAAUUAUCCAAGGAUCAAGACAAUUGUUAAUAAAGUCGGGACUAUCUCUAAUGAGUUUCGAGUACCAAAGUUUGAAGUGUUAGCUGGAGAAGAUGGGAUGGAAACAGAAGUAAAGCAAUAUGGGGCAAGAUUUAAGCUGGACUAUAGCCUGGUUUAUUGGAAUUCAAGAUUGGAGCAUGAGCACAUGCGCCUUUCAUCUCUGUUUAAACCUGGAGAAACUGUGUGUGAUAUGUUUGCUGGUAUUGGACCGUUUGCUAUUCCAGCUGCACAAAAAGGAUGCUUCGUUUAUGCAAAUGAUUUAAAUCCAGACAGUGUUCGGUACUUGAAGAUCAAUGCAAAGUUCAAUAAGGUUGAUGAGUUGAUUAGUGUGCACAAUAUGGAUGCUCGAAAAUUUAUUUCUCACUUGAUGACGGUCUCGACUUGUGAGGGUAAUUUGCAGUCAGUUGCUAAUGACAAAACAAAGGAAGCAGUCGUGAGUAAAGGAGAAGAUAAGAAUUCUGGAAUUAGCGGAGAGGAAAUAAAAGAAUCCAAUGCAAGCAUAAAUGAGCCUCUUGGUUCUAAUAAGAAGCCAUCUGGUAUUUCAGAAACAGAAAAUGGGGUAGUGAAAGACUGCAAGAGUAUAGAAGGAAACGCAAAUAAGAGGUUGAGACAAACGUUGCUUCCAAUCGCAAAGCCGUGGGAACAUAUCGACCAUGUUAUUAUGAACCUUCCAGCUUCUGCCUUGCAGUUUCUCGAUGCUUUCAGUAAUGUAAUUCAAAGGAAGUAUUGGAAGGGACCUCUUCCUUUGAUUCAUUGCUAUUGUUUUAUCCGUGCAAGCGAAACCACAGAGACUAUAAUUGCGGAAGCUGAAACUGCUUUGAAGUUCCAUAUAGAAGAUCCAGUCUUCCACAAGGUUAGAGAUGUUGCUCCAAACAAGGCGAUGUAUUGCUUAAGCUUUAGACUAACUGAAGCGUGCUUGAUUCAAGAAGACUAA